AUGAAAUGGUUCAGUAGCUUGUUUCAUUUCAUUUCACUGUUAUUACUUUGCAAGGCCGAAGUACCAAUGGUUUUAACUACAUGGGGAAAUGAUGGUUUUCAAGCUGCUACCGGAAAAGCAUUUUCAACUUUGAUAAAAACACAUGAUCGGAUGGAGUCAUUACUGGCUGGCUUAACUGAAUGUGAACGUUUACAGUGUGAUUACACAGUUGGAUUUGGUGGUUCUCCAGAUGAGUUAGGAGAAACUCGACUAGAUGCUCUCGUGUUCGAUGGUCCGCACCAUAAAAUGGGAGCUGUUGGUUCUCUACCAAAUGUUAGAAAUGCUGCACGUGUUGCUUAUGCUGUCAUGAAAUAUACAAAACAUUCAAUACUAGUUGGUGAUCAUGCCGCCAGUUUCGCUUUCGCAAUGGGUUUCAAACGUGAACCACUUAUUUCAAACUAUUCUCACGCAGUUCAUAAAAAGUGGAUUGCACAAAACUGUCAACCAAAUUAUCGUCGUAAUGUACGACCAGAUGCACGUCAGUCUUGUGGACCAUACAAGCCAGCUAAAGUAGAUGACCUAUCAAACCAUACAUUCCAAUCGAGUGAUCACGGUCAUGACACGAUUGGUUUGAUUGUUAUUGAUUUCAAAAGUAAUAUAGCUGUUGGUACGUCAACCAAUGGAGCUAAUCAUAAAGUUCCUGGAAGAAUUGGAGAUUCUCCGCUUCCUGGUGCUGGUGCAUAUGUUGAUAAUGAUGUUGGUGGUGCUGCAAGUACCGGUGAUGGUGAUAUCAUGAUGAGAUUCCUUUCCAGUUUCCAAGCAGUGCAAUAUAUGCGUGAAGGAAAUUCACCUAGUAAAGCUACCGAAAUGACGAUUCGCCUUAUUGCCAAAAAAUAUCCAUAUUUCAUAGGAGCUGUUAUUGCAGCUAAUAAAACUGGUGGAUUUGGUGCUUCAUGUCAUGGAAUGAAAACGUUCAAAUUUUGUGUUCAAAAACAGAAUUUUGAAAAAGUCAAAGUUAUUUCAGUGAAUUGCGUGUAGAU